AUACAGUAUCGUCCUCUUAAUUAGUUAAUGUUCUUUAUCAGAGGGGCAGCAGGGCGUCAGUGCCUAGUAGUGUGAUGGUCAGCCUUGGUGGUAGUCAAGGAUGAGAAACAGUACAUGGUCUCGCAUCCUUGGUGGCGGUGGUGGUGGUGCGGGUUGGUUGCUGGUCUCCUGAGUCUGGUCCUUCCUUCCUGGGACAUUGCUUGGGAUUCAUUUUAUUGGAUAAGGAGUGGGCUGGCUUGAUGUGACAAGGCAAGGGACGCUAUGUGGCUGGGAUGUCAGAUAGCUAGGCGGCACUGCUGAUGCUGGGAUCGCUGCGGAACUCUGCCUUCAGCACCAUGGCAGCCUGGCAGGCACCACGGUUCACCACCCACACACCCAUCCCGCAAGGGCCUCAUGUGGUGGGCUGUGUGGACAUCAUGAUGGGGCGCUGCAAGGACGGUACCCUGAUGCGCCUCUACUACCCCUGCAAAGUCUCCAACCUGCAGGCUCAGGCACACAAUUGGACGCCAUGGUUUCUGGGAGACGAGUACACGAGGGGGCUGGCGUCCUUCAUCGCUCCCUCCAUUCCUUCUCUCUUCAGUAUGCUCUUUAACUGGAAAAUGAGAAACGUGGCAACCCCUGCAGUGUGGGAGGCCGGGUUGAUGAAGACUCGAAAGUGGCCAGUGGUGGUCUUUUCACACGGCCUGAGUGCCAACCGGUCCAUCUACAGCACCGUCUGUUCCGAGCUGGCCUCUCAUGGCUUUGUGGUGGCCGCGGUGGAGCACAGGGACAGCUCAGCAUGUGCAAGUUUUGUCCUCAAUGAAGACGGGAAGAGAGACUAUAUUCUCUUCAAGACUUUGCCUCCUGAUGUCAAGGAAUAUGAACUUAGAAACCAGCAGAUCAAGGUGCGAGUAGAGGAGAGCAUCCGAGCACUGGACACCCUGCACAAGCUGAAUGAGGGGCAGGCCAAGAAUGAGUUGCCCUCCUCCUUCGACCUGCAGCAGCUGUGUGAUGCCCUGGACCUCUCCCACCCUGUCAUGAGCGGCCAUUCUUUUGGGGGUGUCACGGCCAUCACCACACUUGCAACAGAUAAGAGAUUCAAAAUCGGUGUAUCACUCGACCCAUGGAUGUUCCCAAUCAAGGACCAAGUGACAGAGGUGUGUGGUAAUGUGUCUCAGCCUCUCAUCUGCAUCUCCACCGAGGCAUUCCAGUCUGAUGCCAACCUGCAGGCCAUGAGUUCCCUCCCUGCCGACAGCACCACUUUUGUCACUAUCAAAGGCACAGUGCACCAGAACCAGUGUGACACCCCUUUCCUGGUUGGCAACAUCGGAAGGGCCUUUGUGGGUGUGUACUCCCCUCUUGACGCUCACACAGCUAUGGACAUCAACAACAGACUCAUGCUCAACUUCAUCGCCAAGCAUCUUGGUGAGAAUGGGGCCUCACUAAACACCUAUGUUCCUUACCUUGAGGCGCAGCAACAGAACAUGGUCUCUGGUCUCUAUGGGAAAGGCAAAGCUAUGCUGGGAUGGGAUACUGGUUUCCAUGGUGUUUGAAUCCUGCCUUCCUUAUUUCCAUGGACCCUCAUCUUCUCAACCAUGCUUCUUCUCCUCUCCUCUAUGUCUUCAUUUUUCAUCUACUUCAUUCUCCCAUAUUGAUCCUUAGUUUCUACGCAUUGAUGGUGGUGGACAGCAUGGAAACCAUUAUCUUGACUCCAUCUUCUUUCACUCUUAACACACACACACACAGUCCUCCACCAGACACACUUGCAAUUGAGCUCCUUCGAUCCACAGACGGACAAACACAGCUUUACCUUGAGUGCAAGACUUUCCUGAGUGACUGGAAGGACUUGACCCCAAAAGGUUUAUAUGGGGCGAGGCCUGACAGCUUCCCCUCUAAGCUGUAGCUAAGCCCUCACCAGUGUUGUGAGAAAAUGACAAGCAAUGAGGAAGCCUUCUGUGCACCAUUUGUUUCUUCCCACCCUAGUGCUGGAUGUGGAGGGUGUCUCAGAAUGGCAUGUGAUGUAUUAGUAGCCUAGAGAAUUUUUUUAUUAUCAUUGGUGCUUAGUACCCAAGGGCAUUACACUCUUGUUUUUUGACCACAUAAUUCAAAUUAUAUUGAUAUUUAUUUGGUAUUGUCAUCAGUGUCAUUCUUCUGUAGCCCAGUGUGUGGCCCAAGGCUGACUGGCUGCUGGAAGACUGUGAUGUAUGCCCACUUUAAGGUUAUGGCAUUAGAUGCAACCAAAGUUUACCUUGACUCCUUCAACUGAUCCAAAAUCCAGGAGUCACAAAGAAUGUGUUUGCUCACAUAUGUAUACCUUAUAUUGCUUUCUCUUGGCCUAGGCUGAGGGAAAUGAGGAGAGAGACUCUACCUCAGAAUUGUUACCUUUGGUCUUUCUUACCGGGCAUUACUGAAAUGACUGGACGUUUCCUGCACUAGGCACUACAUUCUUACAGCUGAGGCGUGAAGUGCUUCUGUGGAAGCUUAGGUGCAGUCGGUUAUUGUUUUGUUUGUUUGUAUGUGCAUGUAUUUGUGUGGUAGGGGCCAUAGUUGCACUCUCUGUAGUCAUUGUGGAAGAAAUAUGUCAUUGUAUUGCCUGCAUGACAAGCAGCAGCAGCAGGCAGAGAUUGAGGGAGGGAACUGUGGAUUCCUUCCUCUGUUUUUACUUCCACAACGAGACAUGACAGCUUGUCUUGGCUGCCUCCUGUUGGGGGGGUCUCAGCCCAAGAUACAUAUAUAUAUAGUGAGAGAGAGGCAGCUUAAGAUAUUUAAUGUAUUUAUUUAUCAGAUAUACUGGUAGAUAUUUUGAGGCAGUGACUGAAUGUAUACAUCUAUGUAUGUAUUAUAUUUUUAGAUAAUACUUUGUUGAUCUGUUUUACAGUGAGUUUAUUGUUUUGUUUUCUUCUUGUAUGUGUUUUAUAGAGCAAACUAUACAGCACUCUUUUAAUGAUGUUUUAUUAUGCUGUUUAUUUUGUUUUUGUCAUGAGCUGCAUGGCAGUGAAUGCACCUGACACUUGCUUUAUUUAUUGAUAAGUGACAGCAAGCCAGGGCCUGCACUGUGUUGCUGCUGCUCAAGUAAUUAUAAUAGGAAAAAUAAAAAUGUAAUAAGA